GAGAUCUGAUAAUAAUCAUAUUUUAUUAAUAAAUUAAGAGAAUAUGCUUGAAUCUGAUGAUGAGUCAAAUAAAGGAAGAAAACCAGGGGAUGCAAGCGCAAAAAAGCGAAUGUUCUCGAGCUCCACGAAGUAUGUUAGUUUUGAAACCCACCUCCACCCACCUUCUCUUACACAACACAGUCCAGAGGAGAUUACUGCAGAACAAGGAUUCACAGAUUGGGGAGACGAUGAUCUGGACCUUCAGUACCAGGUUGAAAAUAUGAGAAAACUAGCAGCACGAUCCAUGGAACAAAGUCUCUUGGGAUCAAGGGAUCGAGUGUUUUCUGGAUCCAUGGAGCCGAUCCUCUCCAAGUCUACAGAAUGUGUCUCUAUACCGAUCCAACGAUCCAAUGAUUGCUUUAUGAAUCCAUCGUUUUACGAUCCUGCAAAAUCAUUUCAGGACCUGUACAGAUCUACAAUAAUAAUUCUAAAUAAUACUUUAGGACCUGUACAGAUCUACAAUAAUAAUUUAUAA